AUGCUAAAUUUAGUGAUUAUAUUCAAAUGGCAUAUUCAUAUGAACUUGAAACUAAAUAUUUUUGAGCUUGAUCUACAAGUUUUUCAUAUGGCUUUUAAUCGAAAUUUAACGCUUGCAUUGGUGAUAAGUAUUGUGGUAAUAGUAGUAUUCAUAAAGAAUCACACGGCGCCAGUCAGCGUUGAGUUGUAUUCACUCCCAACCGAGAGUAAAAAAUGCCCUCGACCAACAGCCUGUAAUUGCUCAAGUGGAUUGAUAGAAAAGGUAGACAAUUGCACUAUCGACUAUGGAAACUGGUUAAAUGGUUCAAGAGAUAUGGUUGGAUUAACAAGUUUUCCCAGGUCAGGAAAUACAUGGACACGCCAUUUGCUUGAAGUUGCUACUGGGAUAUAUACAGGUUCCCUGUACAAUGCAGCAGGACUGUAUGCUGGAGGAUUUGUUGGGGAGAUUGAUGAUCCCAGCCUCGGACGGGCAGUGGUCUAUAAAAGCCAUGGCUACAGUGACAGAUUUGCCUCUGGUAUUUUGAUCAUUAGGAACCCAUAUGAUUCUCUUAUAUCAUUUUACCUAUUUAAAAAGUACGGAUUUAUGGGGAAUCCCACUCUUACCAUUGAAGUUUUCAAAAAUAAUGCAGACUGGAUUGACUUUUUUCACAAGCAACGUCAGAGGUGGUUGAGACUUCUUGUGACGUGGGUGGAGUCCAAAAAACGAUUUUUGAUUGUACACUACGAAGAUUUGAGUAACAAUCCGCUACAUCAUUUAAACAGAAUGUUAAGGUUUCUCAAUUUAACACUGACUUCAAAGAGGCUUGCAUGUGUACAAACCCAAUUGGAAGGCAGAUAUCAUCGCAACCAUACGGAAUACUUCACGUUUGAUCCAUACAACGAAGAAAUGCACAAGCAACUGGAUGAAGAUAUUAUGAAAGCAAAUACAAUUUUACAUAGUUUAAACAGCUCAAACGUGCAUAAACCAGCUUAUGAUCUAAAAUUAUAA